AUGGCGGUGGUCCUGGAUGCUUUCGCAUCCUACAUCAAGAAUAUGCUCGCGGAGAUGGCAAGAGAAGAGGUGGGCAUGCUGCUUGGAGUCCCUGGCGAGAUUGAUAAGAUGGGCUCUAGGCUUGGCGACCUCAAAAACUUCCUUGCCGACGCUGAUAGAAGAAACAUCACAGACCAGAGCGUGCGUGGGUGGGUGAAGGAGCUCAAGGGCAUCAUGUACCAGGCCACUAACAUCCUCGACCUAUGUCAGCUCAAGGCCAUGGAGAGGGCUCCGUUCACAGCUGACAUGGGGUGCUUCAACCCCUUGCUCUUCUGUAUGCGGAAUCCCCUCUUCUCCCACAACAUUGGCACCCGCAUCAGGAUGCUCAACCAGAGACUGGAUGACAUCUGCAAGAGGGGUGACAAAUUCAACUUCAUCAACCUCGGUUUCUAUGAGGACCAUAAUUACAGGUUGACCUCUCGCCAAGCUGCCAACCGAGAGACAACAGGAGAGAAUGUACAGUCAGGUGUGGUCGGGGAGAAGAUCAAAGAAGACACAAGAGAGCUGGUCGAGAUGCUAAUUGAAAAAAAAGGUAGUAACAACGGGGGCAGCAGCAAUGUCAUGGUGGUCGCCAUCGUGGGUGUGGGUGGGAUCGGAAAGACAACCCUUGCUCGGGAGAUAUUUAACCACGACACUAUAAAGGAGAUGUUUGACAAGACUAUAUGGUUGAGCGUCAACCAGGACACCGACAAGGUUGAGCUGCUCAGGACAGCCAUCACCCUUGCUGGGGGUGACCACUGUGGUGAAAAAGCAAUGACUGUUCUUCAGCCAAGACUUGCGGCUGCCUUGAGAGGCAAGAAGCUGUUCCUGGUGAUGGAUGAUGUGUGGAACCAUGGAGUAUGGGAGGAUUUGCUUGAAGCACCCAUGGUUAAUGCCGUAGCUCGAGGUAGUCGAGUCAUCAUCACUACCAGACAUGACACGGUUGCCAGAGGGAUGAAAGCCUUGCUGCCCUACCAUCAUGUUGACAAACUAGAGGCCAGUGAUGCUUGGUCAUUGCUCAAGAAACAGGUAAUCUCAAGUGAGACAGAAGAAGCUGAGAUUAGUACACUAAAGGAUAUUGCGAUGAAAAUUAUAGCAAAAUGUGAUGGUUUGCCACUUGCAAUAAAAGUUAUGGGAGGACUCCUGCGUCAGCGAGAGAGAAGUAGAGGUGAUUGGGACAAGGUUUUGAAUGAUUCUGCAUGGUCGGUUAUUGGAAUGCCCGAAGAGCUAAACUAUGCUGUAUACCUAAGCUACGAAGAUCUAUCUCCUUGUCUGAAGCAAUGCUUCCUGCAUUAUUCUCUCCUUCCCAAAAAUAUAGUGUUUGGUUAUGACAUUAUUGUUGGCAUGUGGGUCUCCGAAGGAUUUGUUCUAGGAAGCUCAUCAGAUGAUCUAGAAGAAUCAGGAAGGCAAUACUAUAAGGAGUUAAUCAUGCGGAAUUUGAUAGAGCCAGACAGAGGAUAUAUUGAUCAAUAUCAUUGCACCAUGCAUGAUGUUGUCCGCUCGUUUGGUCAAUACGUGUCUGGAGAUGAAGCACUAGUAGCCCAAAGUGGAGAAACUGGUAUUAUUAGUAGACUUAGUUCAGAGAAGUUUUUUCGGCUGUCCAUAGAAACAGGAGGGUCUGAAUCAGGUGAAUUACAGUGGAGGAUGUUACAAGCACAGAAAUCUUUGAGAACACUAAUAUUAAUUGGCCAAUUCAAGAUUAAGCCUAGUGAUACAUUGAUUGCUUUUUCAAGUCUACGGAUUCUGCACAUACAAGAUGCAAAUUUUGCUGCAUUGGUUGACUCUUUAUAUCAACUCAAGCACUUGAGGUAUUUGUCCAUAAGAUAUGCUGAUAUAUCUCGACUACCAAAAAACAUCGGCAAGAUGCAAUUUCUGCAACUUAUUAGCCUCAGAGGAUGUGGAAGUUUCAAGAAACUUCCAGAUGGCAUUGUAAAUCUAGGGAAAUUGAGGUACCUUAGCCUUACUGGCACAAGUAUGAAUGCCGGCAUACCUAGGGGGUUCCAUGGCUUAACAAAUAUAAGGAAACUAUAUGGUUUUCCAGCCCAUAUUUGUGGUCAUUGGUGCAGUUUGGAAGAGCUGGGCCCUCUUUCCCAGCUCAGGGAUCUUGCAAUACAGGGUUUGGAGAAUGUAUCUCGUACCUCGUUUGCCGCAAAGGCUAGACUUGGUGACAAGUUGCAUCUUACCUAUUUGAAGUUAGAGUGUGGCAGUACAGUAGGGCAUGAUAGGUUUGGCAUAGAUGAAGCAGGCACUUCUGAGGAUCAGCAGAGAGGAAUAGAGGAGGUGUUUGAUGAGUUAUGCCCUCCAUCUAGCUUAGAUUACCUUGAUAUUGGAGGAUAUUGUGGUCAACGGCUCCCAAGGUGGAUGAUGUCACCCGCAGCAGCGGUUACCCUCAAGAGCUUGAGGUUUCUAACGAUGGAUGACCUGGAUUGUUGUACCCACCUCCCAAAUGGCUUAUGUCAGCUCCCCUGUUUGCAACUGCUGCAGAUUGACCAUGCUCCAUUCAUCAAGCAUGUGGGCAAUGAGUUCCUACAGUCCAGCCAUGAUCGUCAUCGCCAUCAUUCAUAUGGAGUGGAGGUGGCAUUUCCGAGAUUGCACAAACUGGAGUUGAUUGGAAUGGUGGAAUGGGAGGAGUGGGAGUGGGAAAUGCAACCAGAUGUGAAAUCCAUGUCUGUCUUGGAGGAGCUUCAGCUGGAUACUUGCAAGCUGAGGCGUUUUCCUCCAGGGCUCACCUUCCAUGCGAGGGCCUUGAGAAAGCUGGGUGUACACAAUGUCCAGCACCUCAACUCCUUGGAGGACUUCACUUGCGUUGUGGAGCUUGAUGUCUUUCACAACCCAAACCUAGAGAGCAUCACAAACCUCCCAAGAUUGCAGAAGCUUACCAUUGUGAACUGCCCAAGGCUGAAGGCACUAGAGGAUGUGCCUGAGCUCUUGAGACUUGAGCUAGAGGAUUACCGCAUGGAGACGAUCCCCAUGUAUCUAUGGAGUGUAAAAACAAGGCAUUUACUGCUGGAUUGCAGCCUAGCGCUGCUCAGCUCCAUGGUCACGGAAAGAUCUGGCUUAGGGAUGGACAAGGUAAUUAGCGGCGCACAUCAUGUCAAAGCCUAUGCACGCAAUGGACAGGAACAAAGGAAAUGGUACAUACUGUACACACGGGUACCCUACAGCUUUGAGACCAAUAUAUCUCGCUGCUCUCCAAAUCCUCAAGCGGAUGAAGAGGAGGAACAAGUUUGCAGAAGAACACCGUCCCAAGCAAAAAAGAAGGUCCGCAGAAGAAGAUGA